AUUGAUGGGUAUGAAUGUCUCUGCGCGCGAGGAUUUGGCGGUGUUAACUGUGAUGAACCUCUAUCACAAUGCGGAAGCAAUCCUUGUAAAAACUCUGCUCAAUGUAUCGAAGUUCCCGGAUCUUUUGAAUGUAAAUGUGCAAAUGGUUGGACCGGACGAUUCUGCGAGGUGAACCGAGAUGAUUGCUCUGCACAAACCUGUAAGAACGCUGGAAUAUGUCGAGAUAAUGUUGAUGGCUUCACAUGUGAAUGUGUGGCUGGGUAUAAGGGAGAUCAUUGUGAGGUCGAUAUUGAUGAAUGUGCUAGUGAUCCUUGUGGACAUUAUGGAACGUAA